CCAUCUUCCCAGCCAUCUUCCCAGCCAUCUUCCCAGCCAUCUUCCCAGCUAUCACCAUCGCCGCCAUCGCCGCCAUUACCGCCAUCGCCAUGCUCACCGUCGUCGAGACACCGGCGACAGCCCACCCCGCUGCGCCCAUAAGCAGCGACCGAGACGAUCCGUAUUCGCUGGAAGCUUCGUCGUCGCUGUCGUCCGCAGAGCAUGUCGCCGAGUCAUACCCUCUCCGCAAGCCCGACUCCUCGCCGAUAUUCACCAUCACAUCGUCGUUCACCAUCGUGCCGCAUCCCAACAACAUCAACUGGGAGCUGCUUCGGUUUCUGGGGCUGUGUCUGUGCUGGUACCUCUGCUCGGCCGUCUCCAACAACAUUGCCAAGCAGCUCAUGAACAUCUUCCAGUUCCCCGUUACCCUGACUUGGGUGCAAUUUGGCUUUGUUUCGCUGUUCUCGGCAACGGCGACGUGCAUCCCGGGGCUGAGGCUCAAGAAGAUCAUGCCCAUCUCCAAUGCUCUGCUGCUGACGGUCGUUCCGCUGGCAGUCUUUCAGAUCCUCGGCCACAUCUUCUCCAGCAUCUCGAUCUCGACCAUCCCUGUCAGCGUGUCCCAUACGAUCAAGGCUCUGUCGCCUCUGUUCACCGUCCUGAUCUACCGCUCCGUCUUCAAGAUCAUCUACGGAUCCAAGGUCUACGUCUCACUGAUCCCCCUGACGCUCGGUGUCAUGCUCGUCUGUCUGAACCGGGUUACCUUCAACCUGGUGGGCUGCUCAUGCGCCUUGGCAGCGACCCUCAUCUUUGUGCUCCAGAACGUCUGGUUCAAGAAGCUCUUUGUGGCCUCGGCAAUCAGUCAGCAGUCGCUACCGACGGCGGUGGCGAGCCUUCCCAGGCCCCAGGCUGCCCGGGGCAGCGGCACAGCGUUCAAGCUCGACAAGCUCAACAUGUUGUUCUAUUCGUCAACGCUGGCAUUUCUCUUCAUGAUACCCAUAUGGCUCUACAGCGACGGCACAAAGCUAAUGGCAAUGCUGCUGCCCAAGACCCUCGUCUCCAGCCUGACCGGAGGCAUCGCUGUCGACAGCAACACAGGCUCGAUUCCGAGGAUCGUAUACGGUCUCUUCUUCCUCAACGGACUCUCCAACUUUUUGCAGACCGUCAUCGCCUUUCUGCUGCUCUCGCAGGUCUCGCCCGUCACCUACUCGAUUGCGUCGCUGGUGAAGCGGAUAUUUGUGAUUCUGGCGAGCAUCGCCUACUUCCAGGACUCGAUCUCGAUCGUCCAGGCGUCUGGCAUUGGUCUGACCUUUGUCGGCCUGUACAUGUAUGAUACCGCCAAGAGCGACGUUGCCAAGGGCGAAGCUCAGUUCUAUGCACUGGAGGCCAAGAAGGCGAGCCCGGGACACCGGCACCCAGGCCGAUAAGGAGCUUGGCCUUGCUGGCACUCAUGCGGCCGCGAAUAGAUAGACAUUGACGACCCCAUUCCCCCAUGGCCGAGACAGCACAUGGGGCAGCGAACAGCCCUGUCGAAAUGUGUCCGCCGUCCCGCCAUCGCACCGCCUCGCAUGCACCGCCAUUGUUCGCCCUGCCGCUUGCAUCGCUCUUCCAGACCGCAGAGAAGAAGGUCCAGCACCACCAAUCCAGCUGCUGGCGCUCUCGCGGGACCAGCAAUCCUCCCUGGAGCGGCUCGUGCUGCGAUUCCCGCCUCGGUCGCGGCUUCCUUCUGAUUCGCCCCCAAAGGGCCGCCG